GGCACGGCGGGGCGGGGCAGGGCGGGCGGAACCACCGAAGCUCAGCACAGGGGGCGGUGUACCGGCUACCGGCUGGACGAAGAGCGCAGGCCGGGUGCAGGGGGCCUCCGCGCGGUAUCCUGACCUGGGAGGCAGUCGCGUAAGGCGUGGGGACGCGGGGGACUCGAGCGCGCAUUGGCGACAGGCAGGCGGGCGAGCCCACGGCACCGCGCCCCCCGUGUCCCCGCCCCCGCUCUGCGGAGAAUGGGCACCUCGGGCCGCGGGGCGCAGCCGGAGAAUAAACCCCAAUGAUCACGGGCUGAGUCCGCGCCACCACCAUGUCCGUGGCCUUCGCGUCGGCGCGGCCGAGAGGCAAAGGGGAGGUCACUCAGCAGACCAUCCAGAAGAUGCUGGAUGAGAACCACCACCUGAUCCAGUGCAUCCUGGACUACCAGAGCAAGGGCAAGACCGCCGAGUGCACGCAGUACCAGCAGAUCCUGCACCGGAACCUGGUCUACCUAGCCACCAUAGCAGACUCCAAUCAGAACAUGCAGUCCCUGCUUCCCGCGCCUCCAACACAGAACAUGAACCUCGGGCCCGGAGCACUGAGUCAGAGUGGUUCCAGCCAGGGCCUGCACCCCCAGGGCAGCCUCAGCGAUACCGUCAGCACAGGCCUGCCCCCCGCCUCCCUCAUGCAGGGCCAGAUCGGUAACGGUCCAAACCACGUGUCCAUGCAGCAGACGGCUCAGAGCACACUGCCCACAACCUCCAUGAGCUUGUCAGGCAGUGGCCAUGGUACUGGCCCUGGGUACAGCCACUCGGGGCCUACCUCGCAGAGUGUCCCCAUGCAAGGCCAAGGUGCCAUCAGCAACUAUGUGUCUCGGACCAACAUCAACAUGCAGUCUAACCCAGUCUCCAUGAUGCACCAGCAGGCAGCCACGUCCCACUACAACUCAGCACAGGGUGGAAGCCAGCAUUACCAGGGCCAGGCACCCAUUGCCAUGAUGGGCCAGGGUGGCCAAGGAGGCAGCAUGAUGGGGCAGCGGCCCAUGGCGCCCUACAGACCCUCCCAGCAAGGCUCUUCCCAGCAGUACCUGGGCCAAGAGGAGUACUACAGCGAACAGUACAGCCACAGCCAGGGCUCCGCAGAGCCCAUGAGUCAACAGUACUACCCGGAUGGCCACGGUGACUACGCCUAUCAGCAGUCGUCCUACACAGAGCAGAGCUACGACCGCUCCUUUGAGGAUCCCACACAGCACUACUACGAGGGGGGAAACUCCCAGUACAGUCAGCAGCAGGCUGGGUACCAGCAGGGCACAGCACAGCAGCAGACCUACUCCCAGCAACAGUAUCCCAACCAGCAGAGCUACCCGGGGCAGCAGCAGGGCUACGGUCCUGCCCAGGGAGCCCCCUCACAGUACUCAAGCUACCAGCAAGGACAAGGUCAGCAGUAUGGAAGCUACAGAACAUCGCAGACGGGACCUUCUGCCCAGCAGCAGCGGCCUUACGGCUAUGAACAGGGCCAGUAUGGAAAUUACCAGCAAUAAAGAACAAGCAUUGUCUUUGGACCCUUCAUAGUAGUAUGUUCUGGACAAGCCGGUGGCAGUUCUGAUGAGUAGCGACAUGUUGGUCACCCUCUCUGCCCAGUGCCGUGUCUGCAUGAGAGGCAGGCUGGUUUCAUGCUGGGCGUGAUGCUGUGUGCACCACUGACUGCGAUAUGGCGUGACAUGUCUGGUGCUGUGUAAAGUAUUGUAUAUCGGUACGAUGGGGAGGUUGUCCUGUUUGUGUCCCCUGCCCGCUCCCUGAUGUUCUUAGCUAGCUUGGGGGGGGGUUACCGUGUCAUCACAUGUUCUGUGCCUGGUGAUGAGACAAUGUCUAAGAGACAUCAUGGUCCAUGCUGCUGUGAACAGACUCAGUCUGCCCCCUCUCAUACCAUUGUUGCAAAGUGGACUGUAAAUGUUUCUUCAACUGGCGGCUCAUAGCUUGACAUACAUACACCGCUAGGUGACCAUUUCUUCUGUGCCUAAGUAGGGCUUGAGGACACCUUCUGUGUCUUGGGUCAUGUCACUAUAACAAGGAAGAUGUGCUUUGUGUGCAAGGACCAUGAGCUGUCCUUUCCAGAACUUACCAAUUGCCUGUGUCUCUCCAGUUUCCAUGAUCCCAAAGGAUGUCUUUGUAUUAGCGAGUAAAGAAGGAUCGAUGACUAUUCCAAAUGACAGUCGGUGAGAGUGUGGGCAUCGUGAGGGGAGCUUUCACUAAGGAGGGCGCUGUCUGAAGAGCAAUUCUUGCUGUCUCCGAGCUGCUUGUGUGUAGUAUGGCUUUGGCCCUUGGCGUCAUCUCUAGGAUUUGAGUGUGCCCAAACCUAAGUUUAUAGAGAAUUUAAAGUACUCAUGUUUAAUUUUACAAGCAGUUGGCAAGUGUUUAUAUUACUUCUUCAGGACCUCUGAGUUCAGAUUGCCAAGCAGAUGUUCCUUUGCGUUUAGGGAAGUCUGAAAUCCACACUGCAUUUUUAAUGAAUCCAAAUAACUUUAUUACGUUCUUUCAAAUGAAAAGGACAAGUUUUAUACAGUGAGAAUUGGGUGAUUUUUUUUUUUUUUACAUUCCUAGGAUGUUUAAUCUCGUUUUAAUUCUGUGCAAACAUGAGAGACAGCCUUUUUGAAAAGGUUCUAUCAAAGGAAAACACCGCAUAUAAUGCAGCAGGCAUAUUUUUCAGCAUUUAUUUAGAUAAUAACAAUGUUACUAUGAGAAGAAAAGAACAACCUUGAAGAUGAGUGCUCAGAACAACCAAGAACAUACAAAACCAUCCCCAAGGAUGCAGGGCUUGGUACAUCAGACCUGUCCACCAGGAUGCUUUUGCUUUAUUUGUGUCUUAUAUGUAGCCCAGACUGGCCUCAAACUCACUACAUAGCUGAGGCUGAACUUAAUGAUCCCCCAGCCUCCACUCCCGGGUACUGAGACCACGGGCAUGCACCACCACAUCUGUUUUCAGCUGAUAGUUUUUAAAAUAUAAAACUUACCUGUAGCUCAGUAGUAAGGCACCUUUGUGGAGUUUGCUUGAAUUAAUCUUGACAGUCUUGCUGGAACUUACAGUGCAAGCUCCAUUUACUUACAGGAGAAUCAAGGGCCGGAUCAAAGGACUUGUCUGUGUCGGCUGCCGUCUUACUCUAGGACAUUCUCCCUCUCCUUGGGACCAUUAUCAACAACCAUGGGCAUAUGUGUCUCAUAGGCACAGGGUUUAGGAAACACACAGGCAAGGGCUGACUACAUGACGGCUUUAACUUUACAGAAACAAGUUUCUGAUCGCUACAUGGCAGAAGUAUUAGCAACUUGAUUUUAGGGACUCAUCAUCUCUUUAGCUCCUUCCCUUUCUGGCAAUUUUUAUAAAACUAGCCUACAAGCUCACUUGGGGGCUAAAUAUCCCAUUGAAAAUGUCGAAACAUUUUAAGUAACUGUGAAAUGGUUUUUAUUCCUUGCCAAUCUGGGAAUAUGCCUUUUAUGUAUGCAUACAUGUGCAAGUGUGUACGUGUGUGUGUGUGUGUGUGUGUGUAUGUAUGUGUGUGUAUGUGUGUAUAUAUAUGUGUGUAUGUUAAAGUGCUGUAUUAGUGUGUAUGUGUGUGUGUAUAUGUAAAGUGCUGUGUUAGUGUGUGUUAAUACUUUUUGAAAGAAAAGAACACUUAAAAUAUGUAUCACCCCAAAAGUUCAAUUUGAAAUGUCUUACAUUAAGAAUUUCUUGAAUGUUGUGUAUAUAUUUUUAAAAGCACUUUGUGAAAUAGUUUGUACAUUUAUUUCCUAAUUUAUACCUGAUUUUGGUGUUAAUAUAUUUAAUGAUUAAUAUUGUUUAUUUAAUGUUUUAUUGAUUUUUAUGUAAUUUUGUGGGGGAAAGUGAUGCCAGUCUUUUUCAUUGCCUGUAUUAUAGCUUUUCUUCUGUAACAUGAAUGUUUGAAAAGUCCUAGGCUGAAAUGAACCCUUCGUGCAGGUGUGGUUGACUGUGUUUUGUUUUCAAUGGUUCCUCCUACUGAAGGCCAGAAAAGAUGCAAAGGGAGAUUUGGAAAUCGCUGCUCAUUCUUCCUCCUGUUUCCCAGCAUCCGUUCAAUACUUGGUGAACUUGACCACUGAGGACUGGGGUUUUCAGAUGUGCUGACCACUACGCGCUGCGCUUGUCAGGGGCUAUGGGUGGAUGGACAUCUCUGCAGACUUAGCAUAUAGCACAGUGGGAGAUGGGAGAUGUCCGCAGAGGCACUGGGCAGACACAGGCCUGGCCCAGAAAGGAGGUGUUUUCCUUUCCUGUUGUACCUGUUCUCAGACGUGGGCUUCAGUGACUGAGUGUCCGUUCAAACUUGUAAAAAGAGGAAGACUUUCCAUUUCCAUUAAAACACUUUUUUAGCCAUUA